AUGUCUCAGCUCAACUAUCACACUACUGCCCUUCCUCUGCUUGUAGGGGAUGGACUUCCUCCAGAUGAUGGGGAGGGAAAACAGCACCUUGGUGACCGAAUUCAUCCUCCUAGGUCUCGCCAGCAAACCAGAGGAGCAGCUCGUCCUCUUUGGGGUCUUCACAGUCAUUUACCUGGUGGCCCUGAUUGGCAAUAUGCUCAUCUUACUGCUGGUCAGCCUGGACUCUCGGCUCCACACGCCCAUGUACUUCUUUCUGGGCAACCUCUCGGUGGUGGACAUUGGCUACAUCAGCUCCACUGUGCCCAAGAUGCUGGCCAAUUACCUGUCUCGAGACAUGUCCAUCUCAUGGGCCGGUUGUCUCUCCCAGAUGUUCUUCUUCAUCUCCUUUGGUGGGAUCGAGUGCCUGAUUCUAGGGGUCAUGGCCUACGACCGCUAUGUGGCCAUCUGUCACCCGCUGCACUACUGUACAUUCAUGAGACGACGGGUGUGUGCCCUGCUGGCUGCAGCUGCCUGGGCCAUAGGCUUGGCCAACUCAGCCGUGCACUCAUGCUUGAUGUCCAUCCUAUCCUUCUGCCGGGUCAACAUCCUCCGCCACUUCUUCUGUGAUAUCCCCCCACUCUUACAGCUCUCCUGCUCUGACACACAGGUCAACCAGGCUGCCACCUUUGCCUUGGGUGGUGGCCUUGUCUCGAGUUCUUUGCUGGGGACACUGGUGUCCUAUGUGUACAUCGCGCUGGCCAUCCUUAGGAUCCGCACGAGGGAAGGGCGCCUCAAGGCCUUCUCCACCUGCACCUCCCACCUGACCGUGGUCAGCCUCUACUUUGGUACCAUCCUCUUCACCUACCUCCGCCCCAACUCUACCUACUCACAGGACCAGGACCGGGCACUGCCCGUGCUCUAUGGCAUCAUCAUCCCCAUGCUCAACCCCAUCAUCUACAGCCUGAGGAAUAAGGAGGUGAAAGGCUCACUCCGAAAAGUUUUGGGCAGGAGCUAG